AAAAUUAUUACACUGUCUAUUCUUCUUAUUUCUCCAUCUCACGACAUCCCAACGGCACACACCAAUUUUCAUUUUAUAAACUGGUCGAAUUUCUCUACCAAUUUUUUUUUUUUUUUUUGUCUGUUGAUCAAAUUGAACGGUGUUCUUGCUGGUUUGGAUCCAGCAAUUCAAUCAGAAAUCCCCUGGAUUUUCGGUUUAAGUGAUGCAUAAAAACAGAUCUUAAAUUUUGAAAGCGAGGCUUAGAAGAAAAAUCCGUAAAGUAUUUAUAAAGUUGAACACUAAAAAAAUGUCAACUUCAAGUAGAAGUUGUCCUAGUACACCGGCUUCAAAGAUAGAGAGAACCCCAGCGUCAACACCAGGAGGAUCCAGAGUAAAAGAAGAGAAAAUUGUUGUAACUGUGAGACUAAGGCCCUUAAAUAAAAGGGAACAAUCACUUAAAGAUCAAGUAGCAUGGGAGUGCAUUGACGACCAUACGAUCGUAACCAAGGCGCCACCGCAGGAGCGUCAAAUUGCCCCGACUUCUUAUUUUUUUGAUAAAGUAUUUGGACCUGCUAGUUUAACUAGGAAUGUGUAUGAAGAUGGUGUAAAGAAUGUUGCUUUGUCUGCAUUGACAGGCAUAAAUGCAACAAUAUUUGCUUAUGGGCAAACUAGCAGUGGAAAAACUUACACAAUGAGAGGAAUAACAGACAAUGCUGUAAAUGAUAUUUAUAACCAUAUUUUAGAUAACCCGGAGAGAGAUUUCACCAUUAAAAUUUCUGGGCUAGAAAUCUAUAACGAGAAUGUAAGGGACCUGUUAAAUUUAGAUUCUGGCCGCAGCCUUAAAUUAUUGGAUGACCCGGAGAAAGGAACCGUUGUUGAGAAACUGGUGGAAGAAACAGCUCGUAACGAUCAGCAUCUAAGACAGUUGAUUGGUAUCUGUGAAGCACAAAGGCAGGUGGGUGAAACAGCAUUGAAUGAUACGAGUUCGAGAUCACACCAGAUAAUAAGACUUACCAUUAAGAGUACCCUUCGCGAAAAUUCGGAUUGUGUGAGAUCUUUCAUUGCAAGCUUGAACUUUGUAGACCUUGCUGGUAGUGAAAGAGCUACUCAGACACAUGCAGACGGGGCUAGGCUAAGGGAAGGUUGCCACAUUAACCUUAGUCUAAUGACUCUGACUACUGUAAUCAGAAAGCUCAGUGCUGGAAAAAGAAGUGGCCAUAUUCCUUACAGGGAUUCAAAACUCACACGCAUAUUGCAACACUCGCUUGGUGGGAAUGCUCGUACGGCCAUCAUAUGUACACUUAGUCCGGCAAUGAGUCACUUCGAACAAUCUCGCAACACUCUCUCCUUUGCCACCCGUGCAAAGGAAGUCACGAACAACGCUCAAGUGAAUAUGGUUGUGUCAGAAAAACAAUUAGUCAAACACUUGCAGAAAGAAGUAGCUAGACUUGAAGCGGAGCUGAGAACUCCAGAUCCAUCUGAGCGUUCAGAUACAGAUGCUUUAUCUAGGGAAAAAGAUUUGAUGAUUCAGCAGAUGGAGAUGGAAAUUGAAGAAUUGAAGCGUCAGAGAGACCUUGCCCAAUCCCAAGCAGAAGAAUUGCGUAGGAAACUUCAGGAAGAGCAGCUAGAUUUCAAUCCACUGGAGUCACCUAAUCGAGUGAAAAAGUGUCUCUCCUUUUCCGAAGCACCAUCGCAGAAGGUUGAAAUUGCACGUGCAGAUAGAACAAGAAUAACUAUGGGCCAGCAAACCAUGAGGCAAUCAUCGACUGCUCCGUUCACUCUUAUGCAUGAAAUUCGUAAACUUGAACAACUCCAAGAGCAGCUCGGGGACGAGGCAAACCGAGCUUUAGAAGUACUACAGAAAGAGGUUGCUUGUCAUAGAUUAGGUAAUCAGGAUGCAGCCGAGACUAUUGCCAGAUUACAAGCAGAGAUAAGGGAAAUGUGUUUGAUUAGAUCAGUACAAAAAGAAGUUGAAGUUGGAGAUGUGAUUGCACCUCAUAGAAGUAUCAGUGCCAACCUCAAAGAAGAGAUUACCAAACUUCAUUCACAAGGAAGCACAAUUGCUGGUCUUGAGGAGCAGCUCGAAAAUGUCCAGAAAUCUAUAGACAAGUUAGUAUUGUCUCUGCCAAGUAACAAAUGUCAACAACCUAACAAUGAGAAAAAUCACAAAUCUAAAUCUCAAUCGAAGAAGAAGAAGAAGAAGAAGAAGCCUUUGACCUCAAGUACUAGGCCCAAUAUACAGAAUCUCAUACGAUCUCCAUGCUCCCCUAUCUCAUCAACUAGGCAGGUAUUGCAGUCGGAGAUUGAGAAUAAGGAUCCCCAGAAUGAUGAUAUUGCAUCUGGUGCGAUUUUUCAGGGUUCUGAAAAAGAUACCCCAACCAAAAGUGAAGAUGGUGAUAUCUCUUCUAGAGAAGGAACCCCAUGUUUUCAACGCUCAAGUUCAGUUAACAUGCGGAAAAUGCAGAAGAUGUUUCAGAAUGCUGCCGAAGAGAAUGUGAGAAGUAUAAGGGCUUAUGUAACAGAACUUAAAGAGCGUGUCGCCAAACUGCAGUACCAAAAACAGCUACUUGUUUGCCAGGUGCUGGAACUGGAAGCAAAUGAAGUUGCUGGAUAUGAUAUCGAGAAUGAUGAAUAUAUAUCUGAGGUAAAGGAUCCACUUGUGUCUUGCCAAGUGACAUUCCGGGAGCAGAGGCAGCAGAUCAUCGAAUUAUGGGACUUAUGCCAAGUCUCCAUCAUUCAUCGGACACAAUUUUACUUGCUGUUUAAGGGUGAUCAAGCUGAUCAAAUCUAUAUGGAAGUGGAGCUGCGGCGUUUAACUUGGUUGCAGCAGCACUUUGCUGAACUUGGCAAUGCAAGUCCACUCCCACAAGGAGAUGAGCCUGUGAUGUCUCUGUCAUCAAGUGUCAGAGCAUUGAAGCGGGAGAGGGAAUUCCUUGCAAAGAGGUUGAUUACACGCUUGAGUGCAGAAGAGCGAGAUUCACUGUACAUAAAGUGGGAAGUUCCGCUCUUUGGUAAGCAUAGGAAGCUACAGCUUAUAAACAGGCUUUGGGUGGAUCCUAAAGAUGCUAAACAUAUACAAGAGAGUGCAGAAUUAGUUGCGAAGCUAGUAGGAUUCUGUGAAAGUGGCAAUCUCUCGAAAGAGAUGUUUGAGCUCAAUUUCGCACUUCCAUCUGAUAGAAGACCAUGGGCUUUAGGGUGGAAUCCAAUUUCAAACUUUCUACACUUGUAAAGGGGAGACAGUGAAAGAGUGAACCUCAUUGGAUCAUCAGUUAAGUUCUCUGUCUGGCAAUCACGUGCAGAAUACAUCUGGUAUUCUGUACAAAAUGAGUUUGACGGUUCUUGAUGAUGUUGUGUUAUUUAACUUAUUGGUUGUUGGGCAACCAGACGGCUUGAAUUGUCAGAUGCAAGAUAGGACACCGGCUUGAGCUAGGAGAAAGGAUGUAUCGGGAUAAUGUUAUGUUAUUUGCUUUCUAUUGAUCAUUACUAUUUUUAUUUUGCCUUCGGCGUGGGUCCUGUCAUUGUUUUGCGGCGAAGGAAGGCGCGUGGGAACUUCAAGAUUUGUCUGUGUUUUCUGGUAUCCAAAUUAUUUGGCUCGUUGAUAUUCUAAAUAAUGUGAAUUUGUUGACAGAAGACUAAAACAGCAUUUUUAAAUGCUUAGAAAAGAAGAGGUGUGAUCUUGUUUCAAUAAAGUUUUAGGAAGGAUACAAUUAGUUGGUACCAGAAUUGCCCCAUUCACAAAAGAGAAAAUGCCCACACCCUAGUAAUAACUUACAUAACUCAGCACAUGGCAUAUAAUCCAGAACUUGAACCCAGGUGACCCCAACCACAUAACUUAAUGAUCGGCAAGCCUCCCAC